CUAUCUUACAGAGUAUGAGUAAGACUUGUCUUUAGGCUUAAAUGAAAUUUGGUAUUUUUGUCAAGUUGAAAAAUGUGCAACUAUUGUUUUUAGAGUCAAUUUCAUCAGCAUAACUUUAAACCAUGGCAUUAUUAGCGUUUUUAUUGUUAUAUAUUAUUUUAUGGUUCAAUGCAUUAAGUGAAGCUCGUAACUUUACUGCAGAUUUUUUAAAAAAAGCUAAUGAGCUCAGGAAGAAUCACAAAGCAAGCGGCUUGGUUCUUGAUUCAAACCUUACUGCGAAAGCUCAACAUUUAGCUAAUUUAAUAGCGAAAGAUGGAAAUUUUUCCAAACCCACGGAACCUGGUGAAAACACUUUCAUGUUAUGCACCAAUUAUAAUAGACAAUUACUUGCAAGUGAAGCUGUCAAUGCUUGGUACGAUGAGGUUUGCAGCAAAGAAAUGGAUUUUAACUUUAAAAACACUAAUGUUAGAAAAACAUUAUCUUUUACUCAACUGGUUUGGAAAGGAUCUAAAUCUGUUGGUGUUGGGAAGAAAAUCCGCAAAACAAACGGAGAAGAAGGAGAAGAAACGACGUGCACAUACGUAGUCGCCCUUUUUUACCCUCCAGGAAAUAUUGAAGAGGCCAUUCCAAACCUUUAUUCAAAAGGUAGAUAUAUUCAUUUCUUUGAAAAUGUUAGUCCAGCAAAUAACACAGCAGAAUAUUGCAACAAAACCUUUCAAGAAGCAAAUUUAAGAAAGAAAAGGUCUACAUUGGGUAAACAUUAUCAACAUGUUAAUAGUAAAAAGUUUAUUACUCGUAAUCCAGAACGUAGAUCACUUUACUAUAAAGUUCCAGCUAAAUUUUACAUUGAUCCUUAUACUGGAAUGACUAAAGUAAUAUCACCUUCUAGUUUGACUAGCCAGCUUACUUCAAAUGUACGACCAGUUACUUCGAAUCCAUUUUCCAGGUCUCUUCCUAUCAUUCCAUAUGGUCAACCUCCAAUUGUGUCAUAUCCUUCAUUUUCAGAAGUUAUGGCUCCAACAGUACCAUUUAGCUAUCCUUACCAAAGUUUAUCUUAUACACAAACUCCAGAGGUUUUGAGUUCUUUUUACCCGCAACCGGUACCACCUUACCAAGUGGAACCAAAUUCUGUUCGUCAAAUGCCACUGUUUAAAAAUCCAAUCAAGAAAGAUACUGAUAUCUUUCCAGAUAUAUGGCAACAAGUAGCAUUACGAGUGCACAAUAAGUUACGUGUUGAAGUGCACCAAACACCUGCUUUAACAUGGAAUACAGAGCUUGCAGCUGAAGCAGAAAAACAAGCUCAAUAUAAUGCAAUGCAAGGAAAUUUACAACAUUCAUUAAAUCUUGGAGACAUUGGGGAAAAUUUAGCCUACAACUGUUUGCAAAAAGAAAUUGCCCCUGUAGAAGAAUCCAUUUCUGACUGGUAUAGCGAGAUUUGCAAUUCUUCAGUUGAUUUCCCAAUUACAGAGACAAAUUCCAAAGAUGUUCUUCAUUUUAGUCAGGUGUUAUGGGCAUCAACAAGGUUUAUUGGUUGCGGACGUGCUAUUGUGGAUAAAAUGUUACUAAAUGAUACAAUUGUCAAAUGUACAUACUAUUGUUGUCGAUAUAGUUCAGGCAGAAAUUUUGAUUCAGAAUUCGAAACAAAUGUCAAAAAAGGAAGGUUUGAUAGAGAGAAAACCUGUAACAAUCUUCCCAAGAUUAUAGAAGGAGCUAAAGAAUCUGCAAGUGGAAUCAUUUUUAUGGAUGAAGAUGUAAAGCAACAAAUUCGAAAAAAAGCACUAAAAGUUCACAAUUAUUAUCGUAAAGUUCAUGAUGCUUUGCCAUUAAAGCUUGACAAUGAUCUAAAUGAAAAUGCUGAAAGCUGGGCAUUAGAAGUAGCUAGGGAAGGAAAACUUAAGCAUUCCAACAUUGUGGGAGGUUUUUAUGGAGAAAAUUUGUGGUUUAAGUGUACAUCUGGAUACUCUAACAUAACUGAUGCUCAAUUUGUUAAAGAUUGGUAUGAUGAAGUUUGUCAUCCUACAAUUUACAAUUUCAAAGUGCAAAAAAAGCAGAAAGAAACGGCACAUUUCACACAAAUUGUUUGGGCUCGUUCAACCAAAUUAGGAGUCGGAUUUGUUGCUACAAAAUCUAAUGGGCAAUAUUGUACAUAUGUAGUUGCUAGAUAUACACCAAAAGGAAAUACAGAGGAUAAAUUUUUAGAAAAUGUGAAAGAAGGGUAUUUUAACAGUGAAACAUGCAAAAGUUCAGUUAAACAGUCAGAAAAUAAAUUUCCUUUAUUAAAUGAAAUAAAAAUGUUUUCGGGUAAUAAAGUCAAAGCAAACUUAUCAGUCGAAGAAAAGGUUAAAACAAUCGAAGAAAAAGUUAAAACUGGUGAAAGUAAAGUUUUGAAUGCUCCUGUUACCCAAGUAAAAGUUCAAUCAUUAGUUAAAAAUGAUUCUGUUUUGUCAGCAGAGUUACAUCCUAAAGUUCAGUCCAAUGCGAAGGCAAAGUGUGAAAUACGAUCCCCACAGGUUGCAAUUCAAGAUAUAGAUGAAAAGAACUAUCAAGACGAUUUUGUGAUUGUAAUGAACAAAUUUCGUAAAAUGCAUUUAAGCCAGCCAGUUACAACAAGCGCUAUUUUGGGGGCAGAGACCAAAGCUACUGCAACACAGUAUAUAAAAGGAAUGCGUAAAGGAAUGGUUGAUCCUGGUGAAAUGGUGCAGGUAACUUGCAACCCACUGGACAGAGUUCUUCCUCCUGAAGAUGCUUUCUCAAAUUGGUAUAAUGAGCUGUGCACAAAAAACUACCAAUUUGACAAAGAAACUCGAAUUCAUUUACAUGCCACUCAGUUGAUUUGGAACGAUACAGUGGAAGUUGGGGUUGCUUAUGCAACAAAGAAAAAAAAAAAUUCUUUGUGCACAGUUGUAGUUGCUAAGUUUUUUCCACCUGGAAAUAUUCCUGGAAAGUUUGUUCAAAAUGUAAAAAAAGGAUCAUUUGAUCGAUCUUUUUGUGGAAGCACCAAUACGAUCGCUAUUGCAGCAUUAGAAAACUCUGAUUUAAAGAAUGCAAGUGACAAUAUUUUGCCAGCAGGAGAAUCAAAACAACUUGUAAAAUGGGAAGAGGAUUGUGAUUCUCCUACCGAUAAAAAGUUCCAUUUUGAAGAAAUAAAUUAUGCUCCAGAAGAAUCCAAAUUUCCACUUGAGACAAAACAUCAGUCUAAAUCUCCAUCAGAGUUUAAGUUUUUACAAGUGAGCAAAACUUCACAAGAGUCAAAAUCACCAAUUGAUAAAAAGGUUUUGAAUGAUUCUAAAUCAAUAGAGUCUAAAGUUCAUGAGCAGUCUAAACUUUCACUGGAGAAAAAGCCUUCUAAACAGUCUGAAACCACAUUAGAGUCAAAUUUAUUACCAGAGUCUAAAUCUAACCUGGAAUCUAAAUUGCCUAAAGAGUCAAAAUCUUCACUGGAAUCUAAGUUGUCAGAAGGAUCUACAGCUCCAGUGACCUCAAAUUUUAAACAAGAUCCAAAGUUACCUAAAGAAUCAAAUUCACAAAAAUCAAAACCAAUACUAGAUUUAAAGUUCUCUCAAGAUUCUAAAUCUGCGUUAUUGUCAAAGUUUCCAGUUGAGUCUAAAAAUAUACUAGACUCUAAUUUUCCACUUGAAACAAAGUUUAUACAAGAGUCUAAAACUGUACUGGAUUCAAAGUUUCCUAAAAAGCCUAAAUCUCUACUUGAGACAAAGUUUUCACAGGAAUCUACUUCUUCAAUGGACUCAAAAUUUCCACAAGAAUCUACUUCUUCAAUAGACUCAAAUUUUCCACAAGAUUCUACUUCUUUACUAGACUCAAAUUUUCCACAAAGCUUUACAUCUCCGUUAAAGUCCAACUUUUCAGUUGAAUCUGAAUCUCUGCCAGAAUCAAAAUUUCCAAAAGAUUUUAAAUCUAAUCAAGAGUUAAACCUUCCAGAAGAUUCUAAACCUUCACCACAGUCAAAGAUUUCAGAAAAUUCUAAAUCUCUGCAAGAGUCUAAAACUCCAGAAAAAUCUAAAUCUCCUCUUAAUAUUAAAUUUUCAGAAAAAACUAAAACUGUAUCAGAAUCUGAAUUUCCUAAAGAUUCCAAAUCUCCUCUUCGAUUAAAAGUUUCAGAAGAGUCAGAAUCGCUUUCUGAAUCAAAGUUGUUCAACGAAUCCGAAUCUUCUCAAGAGGCAAAAAUUGCAGCAGAGUCUAAAUCUCUGUUGGAGUCGAAGUUUCCUGAAGAAUCAAAUUCAUUAUCAGAGAAUUCCACACAGGAAUCUAAAUUAUCUUUUGAAGAUUCUGAUUCUUAUGAUUCAAACAACAAACAAGCAUCCAACUUUUCUGUUGGCGUUAAUGAAGUGAAAUCGGACUUCAGACAAAUUCAAGUGAUAUUUCUAACAGCUCUCUCAAUAAUGAACUAAAAAAUUCAGUUGUUUUCAAUAUCUCUGGAGAAUCAACAGAAAAUAAAGAUAUUGAAAAGCCGUUAAAAGAACAAAAGAUAAAAAUGUUUGAAAAAGAACAAAAGAUUUCUGAAAAAUCAAAAUCACAAGACAACAAACUUAAAAAUACUUUAAAAAAGUUUAAUGAGGAAGGAUUGAAAGCUCAUAAUGCUCUUCGAAGUCUGCAUGGUGUUCCUUUGUUACAAAUUGAUGCAGAUUUAUCUCAAAAAGCAUAUGAGUUAGCUGAUUCAGUCGUCAGAUCAGAAAACAGUGGAAAAAAAGAUUCUAUUUCACUAGAUUUUGGAUUUAGUGUCAUGAAAAAGUGUUUUUUUGGAGCUAAAACGUUGUCAGCAGAAGAAGUAGUUUUAAAUUGGUGGGGUGAUGCAUUUUGUGAGCAGAAUGCUUGGGAAACAAAGAUUAUGAACUCUGGCACUCAACUUAUAUGGAAAAAUUCAACAAAAUUAGGGAUGGGAUAUGCUCAAAUUAAAAUGAAUGAAGAACACUGUGAUGCUGUUGUAGCUCUGUAUACUCCAAAAGGCAACAAAGAAGGUGAAUUUCAAGCCAAUGUGCUCACUGGAGAUUUUGAUGCAGAUGUUAUGUGUGAAGAUAAGAACAACACAUUGCAGGUUGCUUAUGAUUUAUUGGAGAACUCAAUGGAAAAUAUUAAUGCUCCAGAGAAUAAUUCUGUGCCUGUUCCCCAACCUGAAGCAACACCUUCAUCCUCUGAAAAUGAAGUACAAUCUACUUUGUCAGAACCUGAUAUACAAUUUCCAUCAGAAGAAUACAAAUUUGCUCGCAAUGCCUUAGAAGCACACAAUAUUCUGCGCAAAAUUCAUGGUGUACCUGAUCUCAAGUUAGACGAUGACAUGAAUGAAGAUGCUGCUAAAUAUGCAUACAAAAUUGCUUCUAAACAGUCUUUGCAACAUGCUUCUCCAGAAGAGAGGAAAAAUGACGGCGAAAACUUGGCUUAUCGUUGUUCUUCUGAACCAAGUGAUUAUCAAGCUGUUCUACCAGUCAAAGAUUGGUAUAAAGAGGUUUGUCAAUCUCCAUACUUAUUUGAGGAAAGUAAAUCACAAACAGUCACUGGUCAUUUUACACAACUGGUAUGGAAAAGCUCAACUAAAUUUGGAUUUGGUUUUGCAACCAAAAAGACAGGCAAUAUGACCUGUCAUUAUUCUGUUGCUAGGUAUCGUCCUGCUGGUAAUUUUAUAGGUGAAUACACAUCAAAUGUUUUAAAAGGAAGUUUCUCCUCUAUUGAAACAUGUAACAAUUUAAACCAAAUUCUUGGAAUUGCGUCUUCAAAAAGAAGUUUUUUGGCGCAAUUAAGAAAUAGAUUAGUAAAUAAGUCUAAAAUAAAUGUCUUGGUUCAACGAAGUCAUAUUGCUCAUACAACAAAAGAUAAUAAAGCGAUGUUUUCUGAUCGUCCACAAUUAAAACCAAUGUAUGAAAAACAUUCUCCAAAAAAUGGAAAGGGGUCGCUGAAGAAUAGUUUACAACCAAAAAAGCAAACAAAAAAACUGAAGCGUGACAAUUAUCAAAUAAUGGAAAUAGUAUUCCAAUUUUUAUUUACUUUGCUAUGGUUCAACUCGCUAAAUGAAGCCCGUAAUUUUACUGCAGAUUUUUUAAAAAAGGUAAACGAACACAGAAAGGAUCACAAAGCAGGGAGUCUAAUCCUUGACUCAAUUCUCACAGCAAAAGCUCAACAUUUAGCCAAUGCAAUAGCAAAAGAUGGAAAUAUUUUCAAGCCGACGAUUCCCGGUGAAAUCACUUUCAUGUUAUGUACUGAUUACAAAAAAAAACUACACGCCGAAGAAGUUGUUAAUGCAUGGUACAACCAGGUAUGCAAUAAAGAAAUGGAUUUCAAUUUCAAAAAUACCACAGUAAAUAAGACGCGCUCUUUUACUCAACUAGUUUGGAAAGCUUCAAAACGAAUUGGAGUUGGAAAGAAAAGUCGCCGAAUUAAAGGCUUAAAUGAGCAAGAGGCAAUUUGUACAUACGUUGUCGCUCUUUUUUAUCCUCCGGGAAAUGUUGAAGAACCUAUUCAGAGUAUUAAUUUUAAAGGCAGGUACUUUCAUUUUUAUAAAAAUGUUUUGCCAUCCAAUACUACAGCAAAAUAUUGUGAAAAAAAUAGAAGAAAAAGAUCAACAUUGGGUAAACAUAUGCACGGAAAAAGAAAAAAUAAUAUGCCACAUAAUGCAGAUCGCAGAGCACUUUUCUAUAAAGUUCCCGCUAAAUUUAUCAUUGAUUCUAAAACUGGACAGAUGAAGUCCUUUUCCCCUGUGGUUAAUGCUCAUUGGAUGGUUUUAAAUAAUAAUAAUUUGAAUCCUUUUUCCAGAUCUGUUUUUAAGAUGCCUGUUGAUCAAAUCAUGCCAUAUCCUAAUAUUCAAGAUUUAUCUUAUACUCAAACUCCAGCAGUUUUGAGUUCUGCUUAUUUACCAUCUCUUCCAAUCUACCGAAUGGGAUCUGGUUUUGCCAGCCAAAUGCCAUUAUUUAAAAAUCCUUUUAAAAAAAACAUCUAUACUUAUCCAGAUGUAUGGCAGCAAGUAGCAUUAAAUUUACAUAAUACCUUGAGAGUUAAAGUGCACCAAACACCUGCUCUGAAAUGGAGCACAAAGCUUGCUGAUGAGGCUGAGAAACAAGCUGAAUUUAAUGCAUUACAAGGAAACUUAGAACAUUUUUCAUAUCUUACACAUAUAGGAGAGAAUUUGGCCUACAACUGUUUGCAAAAUGGAAUUGCACCAGUAGAAGAUUCAAUCUCAGACUGGUAUAGUGAGAUUUGCAAGUCAUCAGUUCAUUUUCCAAUCAAAGAUUCAAACUCUAAAGAUGUUCUUCAUUUUAGUAAGGUGUUAUGGUCAUCAGCUAAAUCUAUUGGUUGUGGUCGUGCAUUUGCUGAUAAAAUCUUGCGAAAUAAUUCAGUUGUAAAAUGUACAUACUAUUGUUGUCGGUAUAGUUCAGACAGAAACUUUGAUUCAGAGUUUGAAACAAACGUCAAGAAAGGAAAGUUUGAUAAAGAAAAUACUUGUAAAAAUCUUCCUAAAAUAAUUGAAGAAGCUAAAAAACCUGCAAUCGGAAUUGGUUUUGUAGAUGAAGAUACUAAACAACAGGUCAGAAUAAAAGCAAUGCAACUUCACAAUUAUUACCGUCAAAUUCAUCUUGCUCCUCCAAUAAAGCUUGAUGAUGAUCUAAACAAAAAAGCUGAAAGCUGGGCUUUAGAGAUGGCUAAUGAGGGAAAACUUAAGUCUUCCAAUAAUGCAGAUGGCUCUUAUGGAGAGAAUCUCUGGUUUAAAUGUAGUGCUGUUCGUUAUAAUGUAACAGAUGCUGAAUUUGUUAAAGAUUGGUAUAAUGAAGUUUGUCGACCUGUACCUUAUGACUUCAAAGAACAGAAAAAGCAAAAAGAAACAGCUCAUUUCACUCAAAUUGUUUGGGCUCAUUCAAAUAAGCUAGGUAUUGGAUUUGUUGUUACCAAGCUUAAUGGACAGUAUUGUACUUAUAUAGUUGCAAGAUAUGAGUCCAAAGGAAACAUAGAUAAUAAAUUCAGAGAAAAUGUUAAAGAAGGAUUUUUUGAUAAUAAGUUUUGCACAGUUUUAAAUAAGCCUGCUUCCAAUAAACUUGAUUCUAAAAAUAAAGAAGACAUUUCAAAAGAAAAAAAAUUUCUUGAUAACACAGAGAUAGGCGAAAGUGGAGUUGUAUAUAUACCUGUUGUUGCAAAGGUUGCAUCCAUUAUUAAAGAUAAAGGCCUUUUACUAGCUGUUGAUAAGUUUUCAAAGGAAAGCAAACCAUGUGGCUUGUCAGACCAAAAAUCUGUCAAUAAUUCUAAUCAAAGGUACCCAUGCAAGCCACUGACUCCAACCAAAGUCAAAGUAAAAUGUGAUAAACAGUUAACACAAAUUAAAAAACAAGAUAUAGAUGAAAAAAACUACCAGAACGAUUUUGUGGUUGUGUUAAAUAAGUUUCGUAAAAUGCAUUCAAGCCAGCCAGUUACACCAAGCGCUGUUUUAGGUGCCCAAAGCAAGUUGUCGGCUAUGCAGUUUAUAAAGAAUGUACGUAAAAGGACGGUUAAUCCUGGUGAAAUGGUGCAGGUAACUUGCAAUGUAUUUGAUCGAGUUCUUCCUCCUGAAGAUGCCUUCUCUAAUUGGUAUAAUGAGUUUUGUACUAAAAAUUACCAAUUUGAUAUAGAAGCUCAAACAAAUUUACAUGCAACACAGUUGAUUUGGAAUGAGACAGUGGAAGCUGGAAUUGCUUAUGCAACAAAAAAAAGAAACAACUCUUUAUGCACAAUUGUUGUAGCUAAGUUUUUUCCGCUUGGUAACCAACCAGGUAAAUUUAUUAAGAAUGUAAACAAAGGAUUAUUUGAUCGAUCUUUUUGUGGAAGCACCAAUACUAUUGCUAUAUCUGCACUCGAGCGUCUAGAUUCAAAUGAUGAUAAAGGUCUUCCAGCAGACAUAAAAGAAUCAUGGGAAGAGAAUUGUGAUUCUUUAAUUGAUAAAAAGCUUCCUCUUGAAGAAUCAAAGCUUCCACUUGAAGAAUCAAACACUGAUCCACCACAACUAAAGUUUCCACUAGAGUCUAAGUUUCCUCUGGAGUCUAAGUUUCCUUUGGAGUCUAAAUUUCCACUGGAGUCUAAAUUUCCACUGGAAUCUAAGUUUCCACUGGAGCCCAAAUUUCCACUGGAGCCUAAGUUUCCAUUGGAGCCUAAGUUUCCACUGGAGCCUAAGUUUCCACAAGAGACCAAGUUACCUUUUGAGGUAAAAUUUCCACUGGAGCCUAAGUUUCCACUAGAGACCAAGUUACCAUUCGAGGUAAAAUUUCCAGAAGAGUCUAAAGUUCCACUUGAAUCUAAGUUCCCACAAGAGUCCAAGUUGCCAUUAGAGACAAAAAUUCCAGAGGAAUCUAAAUCUCCACUUGAGGCUAAGUUUCCACAAGAUUUAAAGUAUCCUAAAGAAUCAAAGACUCCUCAAGAGUCUGAUGCUCCUAAAGAGUUAGUAUUUCCGCAUGAAUCAAAGAUUCCAUUAGAGUUAAAAUAUCCAGAAGAAUCUAAGUCUCCUUUGGAUUUUCCUGAGGAAUUCAAAUUUCCUGAAGAGUCAAAGUUUCCGAUAGAAACAAAGAAUCCAGAGGAUUUAAAGUAUCCAGAAGAAGUUAAGUUUCCUUUAGAAACAAAGUUUCCAGAAGAUUCUAAAUAUCCUUAUGAGUCAAAAUUUCCAGAAGAAUCAAAAUCUUCUAAUGAUUCUGCUGAUCAAUCAAAUAGCAAGAAUCCAUCUAACCUUUCUACUGAUACAGAAGAUCCUUUAAAGUCAGAGUCUCCUUUGGAAUUUCCUCUGAAUAACUCAAAUGAAUCAAACAACAAGAAACCAUUUAACUUUUCUAUAGAUGACCAAGAACCUUUUACACCAAUAACAACCAAAACACCAUACGUAGUUAAUGAAUCAAUUCAAAUUAACAGUAUACCAUUACAAAGCUCUUCACCAACUAGUGAUGAAAUAUCUCCUGAUAAUAUUGAUCCCCAAAAUCCAUUGACUGAUGGAAAUGAUAACAAUAGUCAAUCAAAUGAGUCAAAUAACAAGCAACCAGGCAACUUUUCUUUUGAUGUUGAAGAAACUUAUAAGUUUGAAACAAAAAUACCAGAUAUAUUAGAGGAACCAAAAUCACAGGGUAGCAAUAUGCCGUUUCAAAAUCCUACACCAGUUAGUGAUGAAUUGUCUCCUUGGAAUGGUCUUAUUUAUCCUCAAAACUCAUCAAAUAUUGGAGAUGAGCUUAAAAAUCCUCAAAUAAAUGGGAAUGCUUUAUCCAACAGCUCUCUUAAUAAUGAAUUAAUACCUACUGAAUCUCCAAAUAACCCAGGAGAUAAGUGUCAAUCUAAAGUUUCUGAAGAUUUACAAAAGAUACCAUUUCCAACAAAAACUGAAUUACAAAACUUUAAACCUGAGAAUAGUUUAAAAAGUUUUAACGAUGAGGGAUUAAGAAUCCACAAUGCUCUUCGGCGACUUCACUGGGUUCCUUCCUUACACUUAGAUGAAAAGUUAUCCCAGAAAGCAUUUGAACUAGCUCAAUCAGUAGCUAAUGAGAUAUCAGAAACUAGCAAAAAGAAGGAUACAAUAUCACUAGACUUUGGGUUUAACAUCAUGAAAAAAUGUUCCCCUAGUCCAAUACCAUUAUCAGCUGAAGAAGCAGUUUUUAGCUGGUGGAGUGAUGCAUUCUGUCAAGAUAAGGCUUUUGAUACAAUGAUUAUGAGCUCUGGCACACAAGUUGUAUGGAAAGCUACAACAAAAUUAGGCAUAGGACAUAAAGAAUUUGUAUCAAAUGGAGAACAUUGCAACGUUGUUAUUGCUUUGUAUACUCCAAAAGGCAAUGAAGAAGGUGAGUUUCAAGCCAAUGUCAUUACUGGAGAUUUUGAUGCAGAUGUUAUGUGUGAAGAUAAAAACAAUACAUUGCAGGUUGCUUAUAAUUUACUGGACAACACAAUAGAAAAUGUUAAUGUUAACACUCCAGAUAAAGAAUCUAUGUCUGCCCUCCAAUAUGAAUCAAAGCCCUCAGAAACUGAAAUACAUCCUACUUCCCCUGGACUCAUAAUAUUACCAAAUUUAUUUGCAGCUGAAACACAAGCUGUUAAGUCUGGACCUGAAAUUUCUGCUUCAGAAGAAUAUAGAUUGGCUCGCAGUGCAAUAGAAACACACAAUAUUCUGAGAAAAAUCCAUGGUGUACCUUAUCUUCAAUUAGAUAAUGACAUGAAUAAAGCUGCUGCUAGCUACGCGUACAAGAUUGCUUCUAAAAAAUCACUGGAGCAUGCUUCACCAGAAGAGAGACAAAAUGAUGGUGAGAACUUGGCUUAUCGAUGUUCUACAGAACCAGAUGAUUUUCAAGCUGUUCUACCUAUCAAAGAUUGGUAUAAUGAAGUAUGUCAAUCUAAGUAUUCCUUUGAUGAAAGCAACGAUUUGUCAAUAGUUUCUCAUUUUACACAAAUGAUUUGGAAAAAUUCAGUUAAGUUUGGUUUUGGUUUCGCUACAACAAAGUUUGGUGAAAUGACAUGUCAUUAUUAUGUGGCUAGAUAUCGUCCUGCUGGUAAUAUUAUUGGUGAAUACAUCUCUAAUGUCUUAAAAGGAAACUUCUCACCCUCUUUAACAUGUGAUAAUCUAAACCAAAUUCUUGGAAUUACGAUCUCAAAACGAAGCUUUAAGAAUCGAUUAAAAAAGAGAUUGGUUAGAAAACCAAAACACGCUGUUCAACGAACGGAAAUUUCUCGAAAAAUUGGCAAUGGAUGUUAAUAAUAAAAAUGGAUUGGUUGAGUCUAUGUUCAUAAUGAAAGUGGGUUGGUUGAAUUAAAAUGAAAAUAGCUGUAUUCGAAUAAAAACUUUAAAAAAGAAACAUACAGUUUGAAGAUUUUGCUUUUUUCACGUUUUUAAAAACGAUAAUCGUCAACUAUUAAAAAAAUAAUUAUUUUUCACUAUUGGUAAAUAAUUACAAACACUUGUUUAUAUUUCAAAUAAACAGAUUUGACUUUAAAAUGUGA